AUGGAGGGUUAUGUCAGGCGGGGUUCGUGGAGGGAGACAGGACCCAAAGGAGGGCUGGGAGGUCAGGCGGGUGUGUGGGAGGGAGACUAGGGACCAUGGGGGGGCUGGGACUGGUCAGGUCGGGGUGGGUCGUGGGGGGAGAUAGGGACAAUGGGGGGCUGGUAGUCAGGUCAGGGGGGGUGUUCGGAGGGGGAUAGGAGCACAGGGGGUGGUAUGGUCAGGUGGCGGGGGUGUCGUGGGGGGAGACUAGGGACACAGGAGGGCGGUACUGGUAGGGCAGGCGGUGUGCGUGGAGGGGACUGGACCAAAGGGGGUGGUACUGGCAGGUCAGGGGUGUGUCGUGGAGGGAGACUAGGGGCACAGGGGUGGUCGGUCAGGGAGGCGGUGUGCGUGGAGGGGCUAGGACACAGGAGGGGGGUGGUACUGGGAGGGGCGGGUUGUGUCUGGAGGGAGACUAAGGAAAGGGGGCUGGUACUGGGGCAGGGGUUGGGCGUGAGGGGACAGGGAAAGGAGGGUGGUACUGGGAAGGCGGUGGUCGUGGAGGGGGACAGGCACAUGGGGGGGGAUGGUCGGUCAGGCGGUGUGGUGGAGGAGCUAGGGGAAAAGGGGGGCUGGUACUGGUCAGGUCAGGCCUGGGGCGUGGGGGAGACUGGAGCACUGGGGGGCUGGGACGGGGCAGGUCAAGGGGGUGUGUCGUGGAGGGGGACUAGGACACAUGGGGGCUGGUAUUUGGUGGCAGCGUGUUCGUGGAGGGGACUAGGACACAUGGGGCUGGUACUGGUCGGCGGUUGGUCGGGAGGGGGCAGGAGCACAUGGGGGGCUGAAUGGUCGGAGCGGUGUGUCGUGGAGGGAGACUAGGAGCACAUGGAGGGCUGGUACUGGUCAGGUCAGGCGGUGUGUCGUGGAGGGAGACUAGGGACACAUGGAGGGCUGGAGGGACAGUACUGUAAUUGAAACCACAGGAUGAACAGCAGUCAAAGGGAGGUAGAGCAGAGUCCUGUUUAUUAUGGCACGUGGUAGCAAAACCUUCUGCAAUGGGAAAAUGAACGCGAGUGUUUCUUAUUGGUCCAAGUCCAGCUAGUCCCUCCCCAUUUUCUUCUGUUUGGUGCCUAAUGAACACAACCCAGUCACAUGGCACAGCAGUGACCUAUCUGACCCUAACCGUCACCCUUAAAAUACACUUUUAAAUAGGUUAUGUAAUUGCUAAUUACUUUCAGAACCAACUACCUACCUAAUCAUCUCUACCUUCAGAACCAACUACCUACCUUAUCAUCUCCACCUUCAGAACCAACUACCUACCUUAUCAUCUUUACCUUCAGAACCAACUACCUACCUUAUCAUCUCUACCUCCAGAACCAACUACCUACCUUAUCACCUCUACCAUCAGAACCAACUACCUAGCUUAUCACCUCUACCUUCAGAACCAACUACCUACCUUAUCCAUCUCUACCUUCAAAACCAACCACCUACCUUAUCAUCUCUACCUUCAGAACCAACUACCUACCUUAUCAUCUCUACCUUCAGAACCAACUACCUACCUUAUCACCUUUACCUUCAGAACCAACUACCUACCUUAUCAUCUCUACCUUCAGAACCAACUACCUACCUUAUCACCUCUACCUUCAGAACCAACUACCUACCUUAUCAUCUCCACCUUCAGAACCAACUACCUACCUUAUCUCUACCUUCAGAACCAGUGUAGCUGGAUAUUAUGACUAGGGUAUACUGUAUACUACUAUUUUUGAGCCUGGUGACAGACAGCGAGAGCCCCCUUCUCUGGUAUGUAGUUAAUUAUGAUCCUCACUAGCUGCUUUCUUUUUCACCCUCUCCCUCCAUUCACCCUCUCCCUCCAUUCACCCUCUCCCUCCAUUCACCCUCUCCCUCCAUUCACCCUCUCCCUCAUUCUCCCUCCAUUCACCCUCUCCCUCCAUUCACCCUCCAUUCUCCCACUAGAUGUUGCAAAAGCACACGCUACUCUUGUUGACUAAACAUAUAGGCUAGUGGUGAGUAGACCGAAUGUACUUUUUUCUUCGGCCUACGUAGUGAAGUUAGCUAACAUCCCCUUUUCAACAUUGUUUUUAAGAGUGUUUAAUCACUAUUGCUGCUAACAGACAUGAUGGGACAUGAUAGCAAAAACCAAGCCAUGAGGUCGGAGGAAUUGUCCGUAGAGCUCCGAGACAGGAUUGUGUCGAGGCACAGAUCUGGGGAAGGGUACCAAAACAUUUGUGCAGCUUGAAGGUCCCGAAGAACACAGUGGCCUCCAUUCUUAAAUGGAAGACUCUUCCUAGAGCUGGCCGCCCGGACAAACUGAGGAAUCAGGGGAGAAGGGCCUUGGCCAGGGAGGUGACCAAGAACCCAAUGGUCACUCUGACAGAGCUCUAGAGUUCCUCUGUGGAGAUGGGAGAACCUUCCAGAAGGACAACCAUCUCUGCAGCACUCCACCAAUCAGGCCUUUAUGGUAGAGUGGCCAGAAGGAAGACACUCCUCAGUAAAAGGCACAUGACAGCCCACUUGGAGUUGAAGUUGAAGCCCUCUCAUUCACACCUUCUCCCGCCAGUCUCCCUCUCCCGCCAGUCUCCCUCUCCCGCCAGUCUCCCUCUCCCGCCAGUCUCCCGCCAGUCUCCCUCUCCCUCCAGUCUCCCUCUCUCUCUAUUCACAGUAGAUCAGAAGUGUAACUGUUUUAGAGUCUCUGAUAAUUUCUUCCUUUUCAGUGCUCUGUUUUGGUGUGGAUGUUCCAUAAUGUGCUCUGUUUUGGUGUGGAUGUUCCAUAAUGUGUUCUGUUUUGGUGUGGAUGUUCCAUAAUGUGUUCUGUUUUGGUGUGGAUGUUCCAUAAUGUGUUCUGUUUGGUGUGGGAUGUUCCAUAAUGUGUUCUGUUUUGGUGUGGAUGUUCCAUAAUGUGUUCUGUUUUGGUGUGGAUGUUCCAUAAUGUGUUCUGUUUUGGUGUGGAUGUUCCAUAAUGUGUUCUGUUUUGGUGUGGAUGUUCCAUAAUGUGUUCUGUUUUGGUGUGGAUGUUCCAUAAUGUGUUCUGUUUUGGUGUGGAUGUUCCAUAAUGUGUUCUGUUUUGGUGUGGAUGUUCUAUAAUGUGUUCUGUUUUGGUGUGGAUGUUCCAUAAUGUGUUCUGUUUUGGUGUGGAUGUUCCAUAAUGUGUUCUGUUUUGGUGUGGAUGUUCCAUAAUGUGUUCUGAAGUAACUUUCAUGUAUUACUGUAGUUUCUGGAAGUAAUCUGAAAUGCAAACCGUAUUACAAUGUUAUAUAGCCUCUGUUUCCUCUGAAAAGACAAAUGAUUCAUGUCUUUCCUUAAAUAUCCCUUUCCUUUUAUAGAAAUCUAAUCUUAUAUAAAAGUUGUCCAGAAGAGCAGUUUGUACCAGACGGUAUAUGGAGGCAGAUGUAAUGAUGAAGUCCGUGGUGUUCCUAUGAGUUAUCCUGAACUGGGCUGUUCUGUUUCCUAUGAGUUAUCCUGAACUGGGCUGUUCUGUUUCCUAUGAGUUAUCCUGAACUGGGCUGUUCUGUUUCCUUUGAUAUGUCAGGUGGAAAUCCCCAGCGGCGGUGCUAAGGUGGUAGGUCUUAAUGUCAUGUAUUAGAUCACUCAAAAUAACAAUAGAUGCCUUCCAGGUCGUCACCACAUUGAUGUAUAAUAGAAGAUUAUUGGACCCCAGACUGCAAAAAAAGAUGACCUGGAACGCACCCAAUUUACUUUAUCAAUGAUCACCAAAUACAACUUUUAGUCUUAAAACUAACACUGUUUGGGAACACAUUUUAGACUUUGAUACACCCUAACUAACUAACGUGACUCACGGGGUGAUAAGAUGGCGUCAUCAGCUGAUCAUUCUGGGCAUGCUCUGUGUGCUCCCUGGGAAUAAUAUCAUGGCGGUGGUUUCAUAACGUAACGGGUGUGAUGUGGUGGUUGGGGAAUUGAGGAGCCGCAUGCUCCAAUAAUGGUGUUGUUUCCAUGGUAACCCACCACCAUCAUCAUCAUCAUCAUCAUCAUCAUGUGCUGUUGUGCUUAGAAAGAACGGUGUUGUUGGGCUUUAGGUUCACUUAUCGAUGCUUUGUUAAAGUGAUCAUUUUCACUUUAAUGUGAUCGCCUGUCAAUAUAACGUUUCAACCCCUCUAUGUUGUGCCUUUUCAUUGCCAUGGAGCUUUGUUAAAAGCCUGGUCCUACACCUGUUUUGCAUGACAGGGAGUGGUACAAACUGGCUGGUACCCCAGGCUACUUGUUAAAGCUAAACAGCUGUGUGUCUCUGCAUCGUGUCUCAUGCUCUCUUAUGGCUCUGUGUCUCUCUAUGUAAUCGUUUGUUCUGGUUGCUGUCUGUAUGUGGCUUUCUAUUCUGUCAGUUCCUCUAUUCUAGUGGUCAGAAUUUCAUCAUUAUCGUCCCUCUUUUUUCCCUGUGUCCCUAAUAUGAUGCCUCCAAGCGGGGCCGAGAAGCACGGGAAAUGGGAAGUAUUCCCGGAGCGGGGUAGCUUUUCGCUACUGAAAAUUCUCGUCUCUAAUUCUUUUAUCUAUAUAAAAGGGGGGAAAGAAAGGGCGUCCUCCCGUCUAAAAGGCUUUCCUUUGUCUCUGUCUCUCUCUCUCUUCACCCUCUUUUAUUCUCUUCCCCUCUCUCUUUUUGUCUCUCUAUCUUCUUUUCUCUGGUCUUUUGUUGUUUUUUGUUGUCUGCUAUCCCCUGGCUCUAUCGGGUCUCAUUUAAGGAGGGAGGAGUUCUACCCGUAGAGUGUAGGCUUAACAGUAGAAAGAAGGUUUAUGGCACAUCAGACAGGUUCUGGUCAAAGCUGAGCUGGAGAAGUUCCAACAGUACAAAGACAUCUACGACGCGUUGAAGAAAGGAAAGGUGAGAGCUGAGACCUGGGCCUGUCUAGAUACUGUACUAGCAGGGUUGAGAUCUGGGCCUGUCUAGAUACUGUACUAGCAGGGUUGAGAUCUGGGCCUGUCUAGAUACUGUACUAGCAGGGUUGAGACCGGGCCGUCUAAAAUUUUGUACUAGCAGGGGGAGUCUGGGCCGUUUUAGAUAUGUACCAGCAGGGGGAGAAUGGGCCCUGUUAGAUCCCGUUUCUAGCAGGGGUUGAGAUCGGGCCUGUCUUUGAUACGGGACUAGCAGGGGGUUUAGAUCUGGGCUGUCUAGGGUACGUACUGCAGGGGUUUAGACCUUUGGGGCCCGUUUAGAUACUGUAAGCAGGGGGGUUUAGAUUGGGCCCGUCUAGAUAUGUUAAAAGCAGGGUUUUAGAUCUGGGCCGUCUAGAUAAGUACUAGAAGGGGGGGAGACCUGGGGGUGUUAGAUAAUGUACCCAGCGGGUUUUAGACCCGGGGCCCGUUUUUAAUAAUGUAUAGCAGGGUUUAGAUUGGGUGCUAAGGGUUAAUUUUUAGGAAAGGGGUUUGGGUUGGGUUUUUAGAUAAUUGUACUAGCAGGGUUGAGGGUUGGGCCGGGAGAUACUGGACUAGCAGGGUUGGGGAACCUGGGCCUGUUUUGAUACUGUUUAACGGGUUGAGAAAUUUGGGGGUUUAAAAUAAUGUAUUAGAAGGGGUUUAGAAAUGGGCCUGUCUAGAUUUUUUCUGUACCCAGCCGGGGUUUAAGGGGUCUGGGGGCCGGCCUUUAGAUAGAGCGGGGUGAUCCUGAUUUACAGAAUGCCAGGGGAUCACCCAAAACCAAUUUUUAAAAGGGGACAGGGGCGGGCCCCGGGGGCGGCAGGGGAGGGGGGCAACCCAAAAAGGGACCACCCCACAAAACCCAAACAAACACACACCCCAACCCGCCCAACACAACAGGCACACACCCCAAAAAAAACAGCACCCCACCCCAAAAAACCCAAAAAGGGAAAAACCCCAAACCAAAACAAGGGACCACCCCAAAAACCAAAAAAAGGGACACCCCCCCAAACCCAAAAAGGGACACACCCAACAGCACACACCCCCCAAAACCCAAAAAAGCACACACCCCCCAGGGAACACCCCAAACCAAAAAAGGGACACACAAAGCACACACCCCCCAAAAAAAAAAAGGGACACCCAACACAAAACCCCACCCCAAACCAAAAAGGGACACACCCCCCAAAACCCAAAAAACAAAAAACCCCCAAAAAAAAACAGAAAACCCCCCCAAAAAAAAAGCCCCAAAAAAAAAGGCCCCAAAAAAGCACCACCCCAAACCAAAAAAGCAAACAAACCAAAAAAGCACACACAGCACACACCCCCAAACCAAACAGCCCCACCCCAAAACCAAAAAAGCACACACCCCAAACCCCCCAAAAGCACACACCCCAAAAACCCAAAAAAAAGCACAAACCCAACAGCACCAAAACCCCAAAAACCAAAAAAAGCACAACCCAAAAAGCACACCCCCAAAAACCCAAAAAGGGACACACAACAGGGACAAAACCCCAAACCCAAAAAGCACACCCAAAAAGCACACACCCCAAACCCAAACAGCACACACCCCCCAAACCCAAACAGCACACAACCCCCAAAAGCCACACCCCCAAAACCCAAAAAGGGACCACCCAAAGCCCCAACCCCAAACCAAAAAAAGCAAAACCAACAUCACACCCCCAAAAAAAAACAGCAAACACCCCAAACCAAAAAAGCACACAAAACCCCCAAAACCCAAAAGCACACCAAACCCCCAAAAAAACAGCACACACCCCCCCAAACCAAAAAGCACCCCACCAAAAAAGACACAAAAAGAACCCCACCCCAAAAACCCCAAAAAACACAACCCCCCCCAAACCAAAACAGCACACAAACCCCCAAACCCAAAAAGAAAAAACCCCAAACCAAAAAGAAACACCCCAAAAGCACAACCCCCAAAACCCCAAAAAGGAACACAAACCCACAAAACCCCAAACCAAACAGCACAACCAAAAAACCAAACCCCCAAAAAACCAAAAACCCCAAAAACCCAAAAAUUUACAAAAACCCCAAAAAAACACACCACCCCCGACCAAAAAAUCAACACCCCCCCCAAAAAAACACACCCCCAGAAACCCAAAAACACACACCCCAGACCAAAAACACAACCCCCAGACCAAACACCCAACCCAGACCAAACACACACCCCCCAGACCCAAAAAACACACCCCCCAGACCAAAAACACACCACCCCAAACCAAAACACAACCCCAACCCCAAACAGCACACACCCCAAAAACCCAAAAGGGCCCCCACCCCAAAACCCAAAAAGCACACACCCCCAAAACCCAAAAAAGCACACACCCCCAAACCAAAAAAGGGACACACCCCCAAACCAAAAGACACAACCCCAAAAGCAACACCCCAAACCCCAAAAAGGCACACAACCCAAAAGCAAAACCCCCAAAACCCAAAAACACACACCCCAAAAACACACACCCCCCAAAACCAAAAAAGCACACACAACACACCCCACCCCAAACCAAACAGCACAACAACAAACACCCCCCCAAACCAAACAGCAACACCCCCCCCAAAAAAAAGCAACACACACCCCAAACCAAACAGAACACACCCCAAAACCAAAAAAGAAAACACCCCCAAAACCCAAAAAGCACACCCCCCCAAAAAGACACACAGGGACACACCCCAAACCAAAAGGCACCAAAAACCCCCAAACCCAAAAAGCACACACCCCCAAAACCAAAACCCGGCAAACCCCCCCAAACCAAACAGCACACACCCAAAAAAGCAAAAACCCCAAACCAAAAAGCAAACCCAACAGCAACACCCCAAACCCAAAAAGCACACACAACAGCACAAACCCCAAAAACCCAAACCCACACCCAAAAAAAGGCACACCCCCCCCAAACCAAAAAAGCAAACCCCCCAAACCAAACAGCACCAACCCCAAAAAAAAAAAAGGGACACACCCAAAAACCCAAAAAAAACACCCCACCCCAAACCAAACCAAAACCCCCCAGACCAAAAAGCACACCCCCCAGACCCAAAAACCCACACACCCCAAACCAAAAAGGGAAAACCCCCCCAAAACCCCAAAAGCAAACACCCCCAAAACCCAAAAGGGACACAACCCCAAAACCAAACAGCACCCCCACCCCAAACCAAAAGCACACCAAAACCCCAAAACCAAAAAAGCACACACCCCCAAACCAAACAGCACCACACCACCCAAAAAAAAACAAAACACCCCAAAACAAAAACCACAAACCCCAAACCAAAACACCCAAAAAACCCCAAAAAAAAAAACAACCCCCCCAGACCCAAAAAACCCCCACCCCCAAACCCCCAAACACCCCCCCCCAAACCCCAAAAAUCACACACCCCAAACCAAAAAAGACACACCCCAGACCCAAAACAAACCCCCAAAAACACACCCACAACCCAAAAACAACACCCCAAACCCAACACACACCCCAAACCAAACAUCAACCCCAAACCCAACAUCACACACCCCAAACCAAACAUCACACACCCCAGACCAAACAUCACACACCCCAAACCAAACAUCACACCCCAAACCCAACAUCACACCCCAAACCAAACAUCACACACAACAUCACACCCAACAUCACACCCCAAACCAAUUACCACUGAACUAAAUCUAAAGUAGUCUGACUGCAUCGUCUUGCAACAGCCCUGUAGCGCUUAAUGUCUUUACUUGAUCUCUGAAAUAACCCUCUUCCUCCUCCUCCUCCUCCUCAGCCCUGUAGCGCUUAAUGUCUUUACUUGAUCUCUGAAAUAACCGUCCUCUUCCUCCUCCUCCUCCUCCUCAGCCCUGUAGCGCUUAAUGUCUUUACUUGAUCUCUGAAAUAACCGUCCUCCUCCUCUUCCUCUUCCUCUUCCUCCUCCUCCUCUCCUGUAGCUGUGUUUCUCCUGUCGGACUAAACGGUUCUCCUUCUUCACCUGGUCCUACACCUGCCAGUUCUGCAAAAGGUACAUUUUAUAUUAUAGUUGUAUUUAUAUUACAGUUGUAGCUAUUUAUAUUACAGUUUUAUGUAUUUUAUAGUCAGGGGUUGGAACCAAAUCAUUUUCAAAUCGUUUCGUUCUGAACAGUGUACAUUUUUUUGUUCCGACUUGCAAAAUAAAGUUCUGAACCAAAAAUAGUAGCAAUUUACAUUGUUCCUUUCUGUUCUUUUUUAAGCCUCUGAAAUCAAUUAUUAAUGAACUUGACAUGAAAUGACUUCACCAAUCCCAGCAGAUGGAGCAGCUUGCUGUCCUGGUGCUACAGUUGUUUCAGCCUGUAGUUUACAUGCGCGAUGGACAGACCAGUGCAGGGCGCGAGAUGCAACGGACAGUUUGUGGGUGGUGAGAGAGCGAAAGAGGGUGGAGGAGGCUUGAAGCGAAAGCGGGUGGAGGAGGCUUGAAGCGAAAGCGGGUGGAGGAGGCUUGAAGCGAAAGAGGGUGGAGGAGGCUUGAAGCGAAAGAGGGUGGAGGAUGCUUGAAACGCUGGCAAUAUUGUUAUUAUGACAUGCAUUAUCUGAAUUAUGCCCACAGAAUUAAACCUACGGAGGAGCGGCUUCUAUGGAGGACCUUAGAAUGUCUGGAUUUCAGAGAGUUGGUUUAAAGUUGGACCAGAGUUAGUUAGUUAGUUAGCUAGUUAGUUAGCUAGUUACAUUUUCGUCAUUUAGCAGACGCUCUUAUCCAGAGCGACUUACAAAUAGGUGCAUUCACCUUAUAUCCAGUGGGAUAACCACUUUACAAUGUUAUUAUAUAUAUAUUUUUUAUAUAUAUAUAUAUAUUUUUUUUGGGGGGGGGGGGGGUAGAAGGAUUACUUUAUCCUAUCCCAGGUAUUCCUUAAAGAGGUGGGGUUUCAAAUGUCUCCGGAAGGUGGUGAGUGACUCCGCUGUCCUGGCGUCGUGAGGGAGCUUGUUCCACCAUUGGGGUGCCAGAGCAGCGAACAGUUUUGACUGGGCUGAGCGGGAACUAUGCUUCCGCAGAGGUAGGGGGGCCAGCAGGCCAGAGGUGGAUGAACGCAAUGCCCUCGUUUGGGUGUAGGGACUGAUCAGAGCCUGAAGGUACGGAGGUGCCGUUCCCCUCACAGCUCCGUAGGCAAGCACCAUGGUCUUGUAGCAGAUGCGAGCUUCAACUGGAAGCCAGUGGAGUGUGCGGAGGAGCGGGGUGACGUGAGAGAACUUGGGAAGGUUGAACACCAGACGGGCUGCGGCAUUCUGGAUGAGUUAUAGGGGUUUAAUGGCACAGGUAGGGAGCCCAGCCAACAGCGAGUUGCAGUAAUCCAGACGGGAGAUGACAAGUGCCUGGAUUAGGACCUGUGCCGCUUCCUGUGUAAGGCAGGGUCGUACUCUCCGAAUGUUGUAGAGCAUGAACCUACAGGAUCGGGUCACCGCCUUGAUGUUAGCGGAGAACGACAGGGUGUUGUCCAGGGUCACGCCAAGGCUCUUCGCACUCUGGGAGGAGGACACAACGGAGUUGUAAACCGUGAUGGCGAGAUCAUGGAACGGGCAGUCCUUCCCCGGGAGGAAGAGCAGCUCCGUCUUGCCGAGUUUCAGCUUGAGGUGGUGAUCCGUCAUCCAUACUGAUAUGUCUGCCAGACAUGCAGAGAUGCGAUUCGCCACCUGGUUAUCAGAAGGGGGAAAGGAGAAGAUUAGUUGUGUGUCGUCAGCGUCGCAAUGAUAGUUAGUUAGCUAGCUAGUUAGUUAGUUAGUUAGCUAGUUAGCUAGCAAGCAAGCUUGUGUGUGUAGAGCGGCUCCAGAAUGAAUAACAAGUCUUACCUUUUUGUAGUUAAUGAAUCCAAUGUGAAACGUGAUAACUAUAGUAUCCGCAACUAGCAUUGAAACGUUAAUACAUUCUUCUCUAAUUAAAAAUCUCUCCCUAAUUUCUGAAUCACGCUUGUAACGUCAGUACAGUAGGUAGCCUGAACACACUGGUAAAGAUGUUCAGCUGACAGACACUGGAAUACGUUUCUAAGUGACAGAGGGAGGGCUUUGCAUAGGAGCCUUGUGUUCUUUGUGGGAUGCCAGGGGGAAAAAAUGUCCGGAAGGUAAAUUAACGUUAUUAACUGGUUCCCGUGCUUUUAAAAUAACGUUUCUGUUCCGGAGCAGUAUAGAUCACUUUCGUUCCUGGUUCUCUUUCUGUUCCUCUAAAAAUUUCGUUAUUUUACGGUUUUCGGUUCUGUUCCCUGAACCGGUUCCAACCCCUGAUGUGAAUUAUUAUAAUUAUCUUCUACUAAAGAAAAUUUCACCCAAAAACGAUCUUAUAACAGAUGUAUUUCUGUAUUUUGAAAGUUAUAUAUCUUGACAACUUGAUUGCUGACAUGCAAAACCUUUUUGGACUAUAUCAACAAUGGACUAAUGAAACAAAUACCAAAAGAUAGUUUUUGGGUGGAAUUUUCGUUCAUAGACAGGCUCCGGAACCUCCCGCUUUGUGCUGGAUGUGUCAGUCUAUAGUUCAUACAUGCAUAAUCUACAGUGGUUUGCGGAAGUAUUCACCCCCCUUGGCAUUUUUCCUAUUUUGUUGCCUUACAACCUGGAAUUCAAAUGGAUUUUUGGGGGGUUUGAUUUACAUAACAUGCCUACCACUUUGAAGAUGUAAAAUAUUUUUUAUUGUGAAACAAACAAGAAAUAAGACAAAAAAAAAAACAGAACUUGAGCGUGCAUAACUAUUCACCCCACCCAAAGUCAAUACUUUGUAGAGCCACCUUUUGCAGCAAUUACAGCUGCAAAUCUCUUGGGGGUAUGUCUCUAUAAGCUUGGCACAUCUAGCCACUGGGAUUUUUGGCCAUUCUUCAAAGCAAAACUGCUCCAGCUCCUUCAAGUUGGAUGGGUUCCGCUGGUGUACAGCAAUCUUUAAGUCAUACCACAGAUUCUCAAUUGGAUUGAGGUCUGGGCUUUGACUAGGCCAUUCCAAGACAUUUAAAUGUUUCCCCUUAAACCACCCGAGUGUUGCUUUAGCAGUAUGCUUAGGGUCAUUGUCCUGCUGGAAAGUGAACCUCCGUCCCAGUCUCAAGUCUCUGGAAGACUGUAACAGGCUUCCCUCAAGAAUUUCCCUGUAUUUAGCGCCAUCCAUCAUUCCUUCAAUUCUGACCAGUUUCCCAGUCCCUACUGAUAAAAAACAUCCCAGAGCAUGAUGCUGCCACCACCAUGCUUCACUGUGGGGAUGGUGUUCUUGGGGUGAUGAGAGGUGUUGGGUUUGCACCAGACAUAGCAUUUUCCUUGAUGGCCAAAAAGCUCAAUUUUAGUCUCAUCUGACCAGAGUACCUUCUUCCAUAUGUUUGGGGAGUCUCCCACAUGCCUUUUGGCGAACACCAAACGUGUUUCUUUAUUUUUUUCUUUAAGCAAUGGCUUUUUUCUUGCCACUCUUCCAUAAAGCCCAGCCCUGUGGAGUGUACGGCUUAAAGUGGUCCUAUGGACAGAUACUCCAAUCUCCGCUGUGGAGCUUUUCAGCUCCUUCAGGGUUAUCUUUGGUCUCUUUGUUGCCUCUCUGAUUUAAUGCCCUCCUUGCCUGGUCCGUGAGUUUUGGUGGGCGGCCCUCUCUUGGCAGGUUUGUUGUGGUGCCAUAUUCUUUCCAUUUUUUAAAUAAUGGAUUUAAUGGUGCUCCGUGGGAUGUUCAAUGUUUAGGAUAUUUUGUAUAACCAUGUGACAGAUCACGUGACACUUAGAUUGCACACAGGUGGACUUUAUUUAACUAAUUAUGUGACUUCUGAAGGUAAUUGGUUGCUCCAGAUCUCAUUUAGGGGCUUCAUAGCAAAGGGGGUGAAUACAUAUGCACACACCACUUUUCCGUUAUUUAUUUUUUAGAAUUUCUUGAAAUAAGUAACAUUUUUUCAUUUCACUUCACCGAUUUGGACUAUUUUGUGUAUGUCCAUUACAUGAAAUCCAAAUAAAAAUCCAUUUAAAUUACAGGUUGUAAUGCAACAAAAUAGGAAAAACGCCAAGGGGGAUGAAUACUUUUGCAAGGCACUGUAUGAGCAGAAUUACUGUCUUACCUCACUUAGCUACGAAGUCCCUAGUUUGAAGCGACUGUUUUUCUGGAAGCUGUGCUGCGCCAUUUUUCCUACAUUUUCCUCCACGUGGGCCAGCCCCCUAGCAAUUAGAAUUCUAGCCAAUGAGCUUCAGCCCCUCGCCAUUUGAGUGACAGCUAGCAAGAUGCGCACACACAGCAGAGACAGAGAACAAUGACGUAUCUGCACAUAUGUGACGUACUAAGCAAUUUUCGUUGACCACUUUUGUCUCGUGAGCGCUACUUUCAGGACUACUGGCUAAAAAGAAUACAAAAUAAUAUUUUGAGCAUUAAUCAGAAUGAAUGUGACUUGUUGUGUGACUGAAUAUUUCUCUCUCUCUUCAGGCCUGUGUGCUCCCAGUGCUGUGAAAAGGUGAGCCAAAGUCCUCCUUGUCCAUUGACCACACUAGCACUUUAAUUGUUGACAGAUUGCAUGUUCAGAUUGUCUAUAUCUGCCCCUCCUAACUCUGUCCUGUUGUUCCAGAUGAGACUUCCCUUUAACUCUGUCCUGUUGUUCCAGAUGAGACUUCCCUUUAACUCUGUCCUGUUGUUCCAGAUGAGACUUCCCUUUAACUCUGUCCUGUUGUUCCAGAUGAGACUUCCCUUUAACUCUGUCCUGUUGUUCCAGAUGAGACUUCCCUUUAACUCUGUCCUGUUGUUCCAGAUGAGACUUCCCUUUAACUCUGUCCUGUUGUUCCAGAUGAGACUUCCCUUUAACUCUGUCCUGUUGUUCCAGAUGAGACUUCCCUCCAAGCCGUAUGCCAACCUGCCCAUCUCCUCUCUGGGACCUCCUACCACCACCACCCUACCCAGGGAGGAGGAGGGAGGAGGGACAUCAGCCUUGGACACCCCAGAGAAGCCCUCGUCCAGCCAUCACCACAGUCUUAGUCUGCGCCGGUCCGUCUCCAGGUUACAUUACCAUCAUUACCUGUCUUUGGGCUUAGGGAUGUGACCAAUAAUGUUGAAACUGCUAUUCUUUUUAUCGUUUAAACAAUAAGAAAAAAAUAAUUAAAUGACAUGUGAAUUCAGUAUGACCGCUAGGGGGCAGUGUAGUUCAAUUUACCGCAGUCCUGGCUACCUACCAGACAGAGCUCACCUCACUGCUGUCCCCCACCCACUCAGCAGUGAUGGUAGUUAAUGCCGUUUUUAGGUUUUCUGCUGUGUGCCUCUCCUCCUUGUUCUCAGGACUUCAUGUCCCACUGUCCAUCACUGUGAUGGCUCGUUGCAGUGAUGUAGGACCGCGUGUCCGUAGACGUCCAUCACUGUGAUGGCUCGUUGCAGUGAUGUAGGACCGCGUGUCCAUAUAACUCCAUCACUGUGAUGGCUCAUUGCAGUGAUGUAGGACCCCGUGUCUGUAGACGUCCAUCACUGUGAUGGCUCGUUGCAGUGAUGUAGGACCGCGUGUCCAUAGAACUCCAUCACUGUGAUGGCUCGUUGCAGUGAUGUAGGACCGCGUGUCCGUAGACGUCCAUCACUGUGAUGGCUCGUUGCAGUGAUGUAGGACCGCGUGUCUGUAGACGUCCAUCACUGUGAUGGCUCGUUGCAGUGAUGUGGGACCCCGUGUUCAUAGACGUCCAUCACUGUGAUGGCUCGUUGCAGUGAUGUAGGACCGCGUGUCUGUAGACGUCAUCACUGUGAUGGCUCGUUGCAGUGAUGUAGGACCGCGUGUCCGUAGACGUCCAUCACUGUGAUGGCUCGUUGCAGUGAUGUAGGACCGCGUGUCCAUAGAACUCAAUCACUGUGAUGGCUCGUUGCAGUGAUGUAGGACCGCGUGUCCGUAGACGUCCAUCACUGUGAUGGCUCGUUGCAGUGAUGUAGGACCGCGUGUCUGUAGACGUCCAUCACUGUGAUGGCUCGUUGCAGUGAUGUGGGACCCCGUGUUCAUAGACGUCCAUCACUGUGAUGGCUCGUUGCAGUGAUGUAGGACCGCGUGUCCGUAGACGUCCAUCACUGUGAUGGCUCGUUGCAGUGAUGUGGGACCCCGUGUUCAUAGACGUCCAACAAUUUGUUGUUGUUUGAGAGCUUGCGCUUUGUACUUGCAGAGCAAUCAUUGUACAAUUUCUCCAUCUGGACUGUCACGGUUUUUCAACAUGGCAUCUAGUAGUCUGGUUCUAGAUAUGCCGUCAGGGUAUUGGAGCAGACAUCCUCUACCGUUGACAAUGGCUGCAUAUCAACUGCAAUCAUUUCUGUAAUCAGCACUGUGAUUUUCUCCCUCUGUCCCUGAUCGCACGUCUUUAGUGUGACAAGCCUGUCUGUCUGUUAUAGGGGGUCUGCGGUUCUGCCAGCGAUGGGUUGGGUCUCACAGUGCCUCUUUCAGCAUGUCUGUUAUAGGGGGUCUGCGGUUCUGCCAGCGAUGGGUUGGGUCUCACAGUGCCUCUUUCAGCAUGUCUGUUAUAGGGGGUCUGCGGUUCUGCCAGCGAUGGGUUGGGUCUCACAGUGCCUCUUUCAGCAUGUCUGUUAUAGGGGGUCUGCGGUUCUGCCAGCGAUGGGUUGGGUCUCACAGUGCCUCUUUCAGCAUGUCUGUUAUAGGGGGUCUGCGGUUCUGCCAGCGAUGGGUUGGGUCUCACAGUGCCUCUUUCAGCAUGUCUGUUAUAGGGGGUCUGCGGUUCUGCCAGCGAUGGGUUGGGUCUCACAGUGCCUCUUUCAGCAUGUCUGUUAUAGGGGGUCUGCGGUUCUGCCAGCGAUGGGUUGGGUCUCACAGUGCCUCUUUCAGCAUGUCUGUUAUAGGGGGUCUGCGGUUCUGCCAGCGAUGGGUUGGGUCUCACAGUGCCUCUUUCAGCAUGUCUGUUAUAGGGGGUCUGCGGUUCUGCCAGCGAUGGGUUGGGUCUCACAGUGCCUCUUUCAGCACUGCACCUGGACUGCCACUGUAGCUCAAUUCCACCUUGCAAAGUUUUCCACCUUCACUUUUUACUUCUCAAAGUAUACAUCCCUGUUACGUCCCUGUUACGUCCCUGUUACGUCCCUGUUACGUCCCUGUUACGUCCCUGUAUCCCUGUUACGUCCCUGUUACGUCCCUGUAUCCCUGUUACGUCCCUGUUACGUCCCUGUUACGUCCCUGUUACGUCCCUGUUACGUCCCUGUUACGUCCCUGUUACGUCCCUGUGACGUCCCUGUGACGUCCCUGUUACGUCCCUGUUACGUCCCUGUAUCACUGUUACGUCCCUGUUACGUCCCUGUUACGUCCCUGUAUCACUGUUACGUCCCUGUUACGUCCCUGUUACGUCCCUGUUACGUCCCUGUAUCGUCCCUGUUACGUCCCUGUUACGUCCCUGUAUCACUGUUACGUCCCUGUUACGUCCCUGUAUCCCUGUUACGUCCCUGUUACGUCCCUGUAUCACUGUUACGUCCCUGUUACGUCCCUGUAUCCCUGUUACGUCCCUGUAUCCCUGUUACGUCCCUGUAUCCCUGUUACGUCCCUGUAUCACUGUUAUGUCCCUGUUACGUCCCUGUAUCACUGUUACGUCCCUGUAUCCCUGUUACGUCCCUGUAUCCCUGUUACGUCCCUGUUACGUCCCUGUAUCCCUGUUACGUCCCUGUAUCCCUGUUACGUCCCUGUUACGUCCCUGUAUCCCUGUUACGUCCCUGUAUCACUGUUACGUCCCUGUUACGUCCCUGUAUCCCUGUUACGUCCCUGUAUCACUGUUACGUCCCUGUUACGUCCCUGUAUCCCUGUUACGUCCCUGUAUCCCUGUUACGUCCCUGUUACGUCCCUGUUACGUCCCUGUAUCACUGUUACGUCCCUGUUACGUCCCUGUUACGUCACUGUUACGUCCCUGUUACGUCCCUGUAUCCCUGUUACGUCCCUGUAUCAAUCUGCCAUUUUCCCAACUGUUAACGACGAUGACGUGCGGAACGCUUUAUAUCCGUGGCAAAUCAUUGUAAAGAUUCAGAUCUCCUCCUACUAAUGUUACAGCAUUGUUGCAUUAGGUAUUUGUUUAAUUUGUAUUUUCCCUUUAUGAUAGUGAUCGGGGACCUGUUAGUGGUAGUUCUGUGAUAACUGCACUAUGAUUAACAUUUUGUGGGGAAAAACAAACACGUUUUUCUGUUAGGGAUUUAUUCUAAACGUUCACACCCCUAGUUACGUUCCAUUACAUCAUUCCAGUGACCGACGGCAGUGAGAGGGUUGAUUUCACUCCAGUGUCCCUGAGAGAACAGAGUUGACUGGCAUCAAAAUGGAUGGUUGAAUUGAAUGAUUUCAGUUUAAAUCUUGUUGGUCAGAACAGAGCUAGGUGAUUGGCUAGGGACCUGCUCUUGUUGGUCAGAACAGAGCUAGGUGAUUGGCUAGGAACCUGCUCUUGUUGGUCAGAACAGAGCUAGGUGAUUGGCUAGGGACCUGCUCUUGUUGGUCAGAACAGAGCUAGGUGAUUGGCUAGGGACCUGCUCUUGUUGGUCAGAACAGAGCUAGGUGAUUGGCUGCUCUGCUUAAAUAAAGGAAGUAGUAAAACUGACGCUCUUGAAGUCUGUCAGGUUGUAAAUGGGAAUUAGUUCUCACCUGGUUAAAGAAAGAUUAAAGCGAAACCCUCCCUUCUCUCCACCCCCAGGUUAUCCAAACGCAAAAGUGAGGGGUCUCGUGACGAGCCAGACCUGGAUCUUCCCAUGGAGCUGACAGAGGACUGGUGUACCAUGGAGCUGACAGAGGACUGGUGUACCAUGGAGGUCUGCAUCGACUGCAAGAAGUUCAUCUCUGAGAUCAUCUCCAGCAGCAAGCGCUCUCUGGCCACCAAGCGAGCCCGUCUGAAGAGAAAGACCCAGUCCUUCUACAUGUCUUCAGCUAACACAGACGACUACAGACCCUCUGAGAGGACCGUCAACGAGGUUUAG